CAACACGUAAGAAAAAAAACUGCAACCCAUUUUCAUUUCUGGGUCGUCUCUAACCUUUUUCCCUCCCCCAUCUCUCUCUCUCUUCCACUCCUUACUCCUCACCGCCGCAGAAUCCAUCAGAAAAUUCCGAUCUGCAUGUACGGCGCGGCGGAGAUGAACCCUAGGCCUUAGAUGUGGGCUUCUACCGGCUCGCUCAGCCUCGCCUCUUGCUUCUUUUUCGUCUUUCUCGUUCCCAUCAACUUUUCAUUGAGGAUCAGAGGUCAAAGGAAUGAAGUUUUCAUGAACAUCUGAAGGGAAAAGAGUAGUUGUAAGUGGGAAACAACCUCAAAUUCCAUUACAUCAUGUCGGAGAGCAUAGCACAAUCAUACCAAGAGUGUGAUGAGAGAACAGGGCAGUCUAUGUAUUCAUUUCAAUCUGUUUGGAUAGCACGAUGGACUGGAACUGGUCAAAAUGAAAAAGCACAACAAGCCCUUAGUUCUCCCAAUCCCCUUGAGAGCAAGAAAAUUAAUGAUGGAACUAGACUGAAUGAAGAUGCGGUUGGAGUGGGGAAUGUGUCUAAUAGUACUGAGAGUUUGAGAACAAGUUCAGGGAACAUAAGAAUUGAAAGCUCAGCUCAUCACUCCCCUGCUAUGUCCACCCACUCUAGAAAUGCUUUAUCUUCAAAAGAUGGUCAAGAAACUCGUGGGUUUCUUACAUUAAAGCCUCAUCAUGAUGCAAAGGUUGCUUCUGGUAUGGCUAUGGGUGCCAUGAAUGAGAGCUGUCUGGGCUCAGGCUCGAUGCUACCUGUGGUUCCUGCUGCAACUGCUAUUUCAUCCGGGAAGUAUUAUUCUGAGCCUGAAGCUGCACUCCAGAAUCCUGCCAAAACUCAUUUGUUUUUCAGAAAUAACGACACUGCUGCACCAGUGCCUUCUCUGGAUAAUUGCAGGGAAUCAGCUUCUCAUAUUUUGCCGUAUAGAUUUGAUUAUGGAAAAUUUAAAGAGGAUACCAGCCAGCCAGUGAUGCCAUUGCUAAUGGGUAGAUCUUCUAAAAGUCAAGUACCAAGUAGUGGGCUUAGAAUGCUUGAAGGUGAACGUAACUAUAACAGCCACUCGGAACCAGGAAAUUCCAUGAAUGUGUCCUCCUCAUGCAACAGUCAUCCACCAGAAUUCCGUGGAGACUGGUUCCACAAGUUGCAGAGUGGUUCUCGUUCAGUGGUGUUCCGAAACAACUGCACUCCUUUUGAGACAAUUGAACCAAAGAAGGUACUUGAUGAUAUUUGCAUGCCACAAGAGCUGCCGCGCUCUUUGCAUGAUGUGAAGACAAUGAGAAUAUGCACUACUGUGGAUUCUGUUGUGGGAUUAACAGGAGAUUAUCCUAGAUUUUCUAAGACAGCACACAGUUUGUUAAUCAUGAAAAAAGCUGAUGUGAACAUUUCCAAACAGAAUCAAACUGUUGGUACUUCAAGAACAUCUAAUGAAUUCAAUAAUUUCAACAACUUGUCUCCUUUUUUGGGUCAGAAUCAGCAAGGUGUGAAGCUUCAACUUCUAGAUAGCUCCACAGCUAGUGAGCAUGAAGAAGAUACUGGAAAUACUGAGCCUUCUGAAGUUGAAGCAAAGAACGAAUCAUCAGCUGAAACUGAUACUAUGGAUAUGGAUGUCUUUCCAGGAAAGGCCCAUCUUUUAGAUUCUAAUUCUUCCCCAUUAAAGAAGGCACCUGAAAGAGACCAAUAUUUACCCCAACUUACAAUUGGUUCCCCCAUGGCACUUGUUGAAUCUGAAGGCACAAAGAACAGGCUACCUGAUAUGAACUUACAGUUUCCUGCUGUACCAGCUGAAGUAACUCCGACAGAACAAUUGGAGCAGAGUUCAAAAACUCAAAGUUUGGAUAUGGAAUCACUCCUGGCUCAAGCUGAUCAGCCAAGUACUUCAAAACCUGAUCUGUCUCCACUCAAUCUUCUUCUAGGACCAGAGCCAAGUAGCAGAUGGGUGAAGCGUUUGAAACUGAGUAAUCAUGAUGCUGGGCUUGCUCUUGGUACAAUGAGUUCAAACUCGAAAGAAGAUUCAUCUUAUGAGAAGUACAGGUUCCGUGGCAAAACUACCCAAGGUGGCAUAACUAGCUCUGGACCAAUGACUAGUAAAAAUCAAGGUAAGGACUUGAUAGCUCAGGAUAAUUGUGCAGGCAUAACUGGGAAUCCUGAGUCCUAUUCUGCAGACAGAGAGCUAUUAACGUCACACUCCUGGAUUCAGAGGUUGCUUCGAAAUAGAGCUAUCACCAUGCCGAAGAAGCCUGAAGUUGUGGUUUGUGAGCCACAGAGCUCAAAAUUGGUGGUACCUCCUGAGCAACUCGAGAAAAAACAGUUUCCCAGCAUAGCUGCCAUGGCAUUAAUGGGAAAGGCCAUGAAGGGCUUCCAGCCAUGUGAGUUCCAGAGGAAGGGUCCUUUUGUUGUUUGGAAUACUAAUGGCUCCUGAAAACACUUCCUAUAUGGUAAUUCACGCUGGUAGCGUUCUGCCACACGCUGACCAUGAGCGAUGGUCCAUAGCUGAAUAACGCUGACCUGGGCCCAUUUAGCGCUUGUAUAAUCAAGCAAUCAGGUGAGCAAUGGAGUUUGUAUGACCUAAUAGUUGCUCUUAGCAAGUAUUUAUUUAAAUCUUGGUUUUGGUUUCUUGUAAUAUGCUUGAAUAUGGUCAUUGACUUUGUAUUUGAGAAGCUUGAUGAAAGUGCCAGCAAAACUUGUUUGUUGAACAGGGGCGCUACUUGUCUGGCUGCUCACUGUACGAGAGCAAUCGAUUUUUACAGUAAUGAGUGAGUUAAUGGAUGUUAUGCAUGAGUGAGACGACGAUGGAUACUAGUGUCUCGAGAUCCAAAUGAACUCUGCACUUUCAAGUGAACAGCCUCAGUUCUUGCUGGACUUUCAUACACACAUUCUUCUCUCUUCAGCCUUGUUAGGGGGAAGAUGGAGUUGCAGAGGCAUCCAACCAUGAAAACACUUAUCAAUUCAGUGGACUCAUAUUCUUAUUUGCAUCACACUCCUUUUUUUCUUUUUCCUUAAUAAUGCACUAUGGAUGUGACUUCAAAUAGUAAUCUUUCAUUAUAGGAUUUACGUU